AGCUUGGGAACGGUUGCUAGGGGUGGGUAAUGGGUGAAAAAAGGGGGGCGCCGGGGAGCGGAUAAGGAGGGUUAAGGGAGGGGGCGAGGCUGGGGAGCAAUGCAAAAGGUAAGGCCAGGUUACCGCGGCUCGGCCCCGAGUGGGCUGCGGCCGGGGGAGGGGCGAGAGAUACAUAUGUAUUUCUGUCUCCCUAGCACACCCCCUUCCCUCUAAGCGAUGGCUGAGAGGCGGUGCAUGCAGAUGGGGAGUAAGUUUCCUGAAGGGGAGGGUGGAUGCACGCGCGCGGCCCCGCGCUGCAAAUUUUCACGGGGGAGGGAGAGUGGCUGGAUGCGGAGAGUUUGGAGUUGCUUGCGGCGGAGGACAGGAAGGGGAGCAGGGCCGGGAAGGGGGCUGGCGGGCGUUAUAUCUGGGAGUAAGUUUCCAGGAUCAGGAGAGCCUGCACGCUUGCUUGCUACUUUGCUCGCCCCCCAUCGCACCCCCCGAGCGGAGAUUGGUCUUGUCGGAUUGCCCAUGCACUUGUUGCAGAAACAGCCAAGGCCCUGGCUCUGGAGGAUGCUGAAGGAGGAAGACACAGAAGCAGGACAACCCUGAAAGAUUAAGCGUCUUAACCCUGAGACAGAACCAGGUCUCCGUUUCCCACCUGCCCAGCAGCAUGACAGCAGCAUGACCGGCCGGCCGCAGGAAAAGCCCCCAGAGCCAGACCCCCAACUCAACCAUCUGCUGCGGAGGUCAAGGUGUGAGCGGCAUCUGUUCACCACGGUGGUGUUUGGUCCAUACCUCAGCCCGGGUGAGGAUGUAAAACUCCCCAGUCUGUACAUGAGUGGUACAGGCCAACAGGAACACCUGGCUCCAGCCACGUUCACAGACAUGUCAGCCGUGGAGUAGUGUGGACAGUUUCUCUCACCUUCUCAGGGUUUCAGUCCUAUUGGAUUUGUUUCAUUGACCUUUUUUUAUGGUCUUGUGGCUGGACUUUCACAACCAAGGCAGGCACCAUGGGAGAUCAGCAACUGUACAAGACCAACCACGUGGCCCACGGUGGUGAGAACCUUUUCUACCAACAGCCACCACUUGGCAUCCACGGCGGGCUGAACCACAACUAUGGGAAUACAGUCACGGGGGCUGGAAUGGAGGCCCCUCAGGCAUCACCCAUUUCCCCCCACUUCCCUCAAGACACUCGGGAUGGCCUAGGCUUGCCUGUUGGCUCCAAAAACCUUGGCCAGGUGGAUACCUCAAGGCAGGGAGGAUGGGGAAGCCAUGCAGGGCCUGGAAAUCAUGUCCAGUUACGUGGCAACCUGACCAACUCAAACAUGAUGUGGGGGGCCCCAGCCCAGGCCGAGCCCCCCGAUGGCUACCAAUAUACCUACUCCCAGGCCAGCGAGAUCCGGACCCAGAAGCUCACCAGCGGUGUCCUGCACAAGCUAGACUCUUUCACCCAGGUGUUUGCCAACCAAAACCUGCGGAUCCAGGUCAACAAUAUGGCCCAGGUGCUGCACACCCAGUCAGCAGUGAUGGAUGGAGCCCCUGACAGUGCCCUCCGCCAGCUGUUGUCCCAGAAGCCCAUGGAGACCCCAGCACCAGCUCUCUCUUCUCGCUACCAGCAGGUGCCCCAGCAGCCUCACCCUGGUUUCACUGGUGGACUGUCCAAACCAGCUCUGCAGGUCGGGCAGCACCCUAGCCAAGGGCACCUGUAUUACGACUACCAGCAGCCGCUGGCUCAGAUGCCAGUGCAGGGAGGACAGCCACUGCAGGCCCCACAGAUGCUAUCCCAGCACAUGCAACAGAUGCAGCAGCACCAGUAUUACCCGCAGCAGCAACAGCAGCAAGCUGGGCAGCAGCGCAUGUCCAUGCAGGAAAUGCAACAGCAGCAGAUUCGCCCACCACAGCCUCAGCAGCAGCAGCAGCAGCAGCCCCAACAACAGCAGCAGCAGCUGCAGCAGCGGCAGGGUUCGAUGCAGAUACCUCAGUAUUACCAGUCCCCACCCAUGAUGCAGCACUUGCAAGAGCAGCAGCAGCAACAGAUGCACCUGCAGCCCCCUUCUUAUCACAGGGACCCCCACCAGUACACCCCAGAGCAGGCGCACGCUGUCCAGCUGAUUCAACUGGGCUCCAUGCCCCAGUACUACUACCAGGAGCCCCAACAGCCCUACAGCCACCCCCUCUACCAGCAGAGCCACCUGUCCCAGCACCAGCAGCGUGAGGACAGUCAGCCCAAGACGUACCCAAGCGACAGGCAGACCCAGGCCAUGCUGAGCUCCCACGGGGACCUGGGGCCUCCUGAUACAGCAAUGGGAGACCCAGCAAGCUCGGACCUGAACCGGGUCAGCAGUGCCCUCCCCCAUCGGCCGCUCCUGUCCCCCAGUGGGAUCCACCUCAACAACAUGGGGCCUCAGCACCAGCAGCUGUCUCCCAGUGCCAUGUGGCCCCAGAUGCACCUACCAGAUGGCAGAGCCCAGCCAGGUUCCCCUGAGUCAAGUGGCCAAGCCAAAGGAGUGUUUGGGGAGCAGUUUGAUGCCAAGAACAAGCUGACAUGCUCCAUCUGCCUGAAGGAGUUCAAGAGCCUACCUGCCCUGAAUGGCCACAUGCGGUCCCACGGGGGAAUGAGGGCCUCCCCCAGCCUCAAACAGGAGGAAGGAGAGAAGGCCCCGCCACCUCCGCCUCAGCCACUGCAGCCUCCGCCGCCACCGCCGCCGCCGCCGCUCCCUCCCGAGGCAGAAAGCCUCACGCCUAUGGUCAUGCCCGUGUCUGUCCCUGUCAAGCUUCUCGCACCCAAGCCCGGCUCUCAGGGCUUCGCCAACAGCGUCGUUGCUGCCCCCUCCGCCAGAGACAAGCCAGCCAGUUCGAUGUCGGACGACGAGAUGCCCGUGCUCGUGAGGAUGACCCUCUCUCCCCCACACUCACCCCAAGGGGCUGUCCCCUGCACGCCUGCUGACAUUCCCCGGAAGCAUCAGCCUGGCGUGGCCAAAGCUGAAGAGCCGCUCAAGAUCGUACCUGAGAAGAAAAAGUUCCGGCACCGGCCAGAGCCGCUGUUCAUCCCGCCACCGCCCUCGUACAACCCCAACCCUGCGCCCUCCUACUCGGGCGCCACCCUGUACCAGAGCCAGCUGCGCUCCCCGCGCGUGCUGGGGGACCACCUGCUCCUGGACCCCGCCCACGAGCUGCCCCCCUACACGCCCCCGCCCAUGCUAAGCCCAGUGCGCCAGGGCUCGGGGCUUUUCAGCAAUGUCCUCAUCUCGGGGCACGGCCCCGGCGCCCACCCCCAGCUGCCUCUGACGCCCCUGACGCCCACACCGCGAGUGCUGCUGUGUCGCUCCAACAGCAUCGAUGGCAGCAAUGUGACAGUCACCCCUGGGCCUGGAGAGCAUACCAUUGAUGUUGAACCACGCAUCAACAUUGGUUUGAGAUUCCAAGCAGAGAUCCCAGAACUCCAGGAUGUCUCUGCCCUGGCCCAGGACACACACAAGGCCACACUGGUCUGGAAGCCCUGGCCGGAGCUGGAAAACCAUGACCUCCAGCAAAGAGUGGAGAAUCUCCUGAAUUUUUGCUGUUCAAGUGCAUUGCCAGGUGGAGGGACCAAUUCUGAAUUUGCUUUGCACUCUCUCUUCGAGGCCAAAGGUGACGUGAUGGCUGCUCUGGAGAUGCUGCUGCUGCGGAAACCAGUCAGGUUAAAAUGUCAUCCUUUAGCCAAUUACCACUAUGCCGGUUCGGACAAGUGGACCUCCCUAGAAAGAAAACUGUUUAAUAAAGCACUAGCCACUUACAGCAAAGACUUUAUUUUUGUACAGAAGAUGGUGAAGUCUAAGACGGUGGCUCAGUGUGUGGAGUACUACUACACGUGGAAAAAAAUUAUGCGGUUAGGGCGGAAGCACCGGACACGCCUCGCGGAAAUCAUCGAUGAUUGUGUGGUGAGUGACGCUGCUGAGUCGCUGCUUAUUCUGGCCCCACUCCCGCCCCACACGCAGACAAGUGAAGAAGAAGAAGAGUUAGAGGAGGAGGAGGAGGAUCCGGAAGAAGAUAGGAAAUCCACAAGAGAAGAGGAGAGUGAAGCGCCGAAGUCCCCAGAGCCACAGCCAGGCCCAGUCCUGGCUCCCGCAGAGGGGCCACCCCUGCAGGCCCUUGGCCAGCCCUCGGGCUCCUUCAUCUGUGAAAUGCCCAACUGUGGGGCUGACUGUAGAUGUCAUGUCACUCCCUUUCUUCCCCAGGUGUUCAGCUCCCGACAGGCACUGAACGGCCACGCCCGCAUCCAUGGUGGCACCAACCAGGUGACCAAAGCUCGGGGUGCUGUCCCCUCUGGGAAGCAGAAGCCUGGCAGUGCCCAGAGCGGGUACUGCUCAGUGAAGAGCUCACCCUCUCACAGCACCACCAGUGGCGAGACAGACCCCACCACCAUCUUCCCCUGCAAGGAGUGUGGCAAAGUCUUCUUCAAGAUCAAAAGCCGGAAUGCACACAUGAAGACUCACAGGCAGCAGGAGGAACAGCAGAGGCAAAAGGCUCAGAAGGCAGCUUUUGCAGCUGAGAUGGCAGCCACAAUCGAAAGGACUACGGGGCCCGUGGGGGCGCCGGGGCUGCUGCCCCUGGACCAGCUGAGUCUAAUCAAACCCAUCAAGGACGUGGACAUCCUUGAUGACGACGUUGUCCAGCAGUUAGGAGGUGUCAUGGAAGAGGCCGAGGUCGUCGACACCAAUCUCCUCUUGGAUGAUCAGGAUUCAGUUUUGCUUCAGGGUGACACGGAACUCUAAAGCCCUGGUUGUCACCUAGAGACAUCGAAAACUCAACGGCCUCCAUCUUCAUCUUCAGUCAGGAAACCUGGACUGCCUGCUUGUUUUGUAACCAUUUUAAACUACCUGUUUAAAAAGUGGUCGUUUUAUUCAGGUUGAGGAAAAAAAAAAAUCCAGUUUCUUUUCCUUUUUAUUUAAAAAAAAAUUUGUUUUUGUGGAAGGUUGGGGCAAAUAAAUAAUUGGCACAACUCUGUGUAAGAGGUGUGCCAGUUCCCAUGAGCUACAGUUACUGGUGACCUUGAGAAGAACACUUGGGCUGAAGUGCAGGGAUGAGAGUGCAGCCGGAGAGGGUGGAGGAAGAAGGAGCUACACCGUGGGCUACAUUCCCGUGAACUCAUUCCUGGCAGGGAAGGAACCUGACUUUUGUGUUCUUUGGCUCACAGAUGUCAAGCGUCCUGGCUGCCUUUUAUCCCAAAGCUUGCAGUGAAUGAGUGAGUGAGUGAGUGAAGCACGCUGCCCUCUUCUUGCUGGGGCUUUGGGCCUUCCUUUCCCACCGAGUUAUUUUUUGUUCUGACCUCAUUUUGUAAUUUGCAGUGAAGUUGGCAUCUCUGCCAGGAGACUGUGCUAGUGGGUAGCUUUCCAGAGAGCAAAGGACGCCCUCAUGUGCCAUGCUUUCCUCUAGCACACACAUCGUUUGAAGAGUUGACCAAAUGGGAAAAUGAGUCUUUUCCCUGCCUUGCCUGUCACUCGUUGGCCUGUUUCUAGGAACUGAGUACUGUAUAAUUUCAGGCUUAAACUCCCUGGCAAUGAUUUACUAAAGACCUGGUUCAUAGAGCAAGUGCAGUAUCUUCCUGUGUUUCCCUGGGGGCUGGGUGGCUCUGUUGUGGGCUCAGUGGUCUCAGAGCUGUGUUUCAGUGUGAGCCCCCUGGAGACCUGUCGGGAGGAAAAUAACCCCAACUAUUAACUUGCCAGGGCUGUUUUGAGGGAGGGUGGUUGAGAGGCACACGUUAAAUACCUAGAAUGCAGAAAAAAAAAAGUGUUCUUUUGCCCAAAAACUGAAUUGGAAGAGCCCAUUCUUUUUUACAACACUGUUAACGAUCAGUGGAGUUGUGAAAUGACUCUGCCAUUUGGAAGUACUGUGAAAUCUCGUUCACUUGGAAUUUUGCUGUAAUUCAUCUGUGUUGGACCAAAGUUUACCUUGACGCUAACCAUGAUGAAAAGAGUUUUCUAACAAAUUUAAUAGCAAAUAGGUGGUGUGAUCAAAAAACACGGUGAAUGUUUAAAUAAUUUAUUACAGUAAAAGACACAUUGCCAUUAAUCCCCCUUAAAAUUCUCCCCCUCCCUUCGAACACGCUUAU